AUGACUCACAGUGCUCAUUGCCCAGCACAACUCACAGCUCUCCAUACCCAACACAAGUCACAGCACUCCAUUGCCCAGCACAACUCACAGCUCUCCAUGCCCAACACAAGUCACAGCACUCCAUGUUUAGCACAACUCACAGCUCUCCAUGCCCAACACAAGUCACAGCACUCCAUGUUUAGCACAACUCACAGCUCUCCAUACCCAACACAAGUCACAGCACUCCAUUGCCCAGCACAACUCACAGCUCUCCAUACCCAACACAAGUCACAGCACUCCAUGUUUAGCACAACUCACAGCUCUCCAUGCCCAACACAAGUCACAGCACUCCAUUGCCCAGCACAACUCACAGCUCUCCAUGCCCAACACAAGUCACAGCACUCCAUGUUUAGCACAACUCACAGCUCCAUGCCCAACACAACUCACAGCUCCAUGCCCCAACACAAGUCACAGCACUCCAUGUUUAGCUCAGCUCUCCAUGCCCAACACAAGUCACAGCACUCCAUUGCCCACAACCUCACAGCUCUCCAUACCCAACACAAGUCACAGCACUCCAUGUUUAGCACAACCACAGCUCUCCAUACCCAACACAAGUCACAGCACUCAUGUUUAGCACAACUCACAGCUCUCCAUACCCAACACAAGUCACAGCACUCCAUUGCCCAGCACAACUCACAGCUCUCCAUGCCCAACACAAGUCACAGCACUCCAUGUUUAGCACAACUCACAGCUCUCCAUGCCCAACACAAGUCACAGCACUCCAUGUUUAGCACAACUCACAGCUCUCCAUACCCAACACAAGUCACAGCACUCCAUUGCCCAGCACAACUCACAGCUCUCCAUACCCAACACAAGUCACAGCACUCCAUGUUUAGCACAACUCACAGCUCUCCAUGCCCAACACAAGUCACAGCACUCCAUUGCCCAGCACAACUCACAGCUCUCCAUGCCCAACACAAGUCACAGCACUCCAUGUUUAGCACAACUCACAGCCCUCCAUACCCAGGAACGCAACAAUUUCCAUAUUACAGUAGAAUCGAUGGUCCGCUGCUUCACCUGACAGUAAGAUACAUCACUACUUCUGUUGGCAGAAUCAUCUUAAGAAUCUAA